AUGAACUUUGUGUUUAAUCCCGUGACGCAGCAGAUGGAGACGGCGCCCUUGAAUGAGAAGAUGGCCUGUCUCUCCGGGAUCGCCAAGAAGGAGCAUUGGCUUAUCGAGGCCCACGAGCUCGAGGUCUUUGAGAAACACGAGCUUGGUCGGGGAGGAUUCGGAAGGGUCGUCGUCGGACGCCUCCACGGCUUGCCCGUCGCUGUAAAGAUGUCGAAGUCGGUGAAGGCGUUGCGUGGAAUCAACUCCUUGGUCAACGAGCUACGAAUCUUCCGGCGGCUUCGCCAUCCAAAUAUUGUCAUGUUUCACGGAGCACGCAUCGAUAUUGCUGCUGGAGAGCUGAUGAUCGUGGAGGAGGCGGUCCCAGGAGUGACUCUGGCGGAGCUGAUUACACCUCCACCCAGUCCAAUACGAACCAAAGCGAGGCGGCUCCUCCUGCUCCGGAUCUGCAAAGCCCUUCGCUUUCUUCAUCUGCAGACUCCGUCCAUCAUGCACGGAGACCUGAAGCCUGGAAACAUCUUGGUGCCGCAGACGAUGCAGCCCAAGCUGACCGAUUUCGGGCUGGCCAGGCCAGUCAGUGCAUCCCUCGCCUACGAAAAUGGCAUUCUACUGAACUGUCUUAGGGUUUAG